UUUUUCUCUUUCCCUUCACUCUCACCCUUCUGCGGGUCCUGCUGUUUGUGCUGCAGCAUGAGACAUAUUGCAUACCAGCACACUGCUCAUGCCUCAGAAAAGUCUUUCACGGUUGUCUUUCUUCACAUUUGCGCCCCAUGCACUACAAGCACAUGAGAAGUGUCUGGCGUCACAACAGUUACAGAGGGAACCAUCCUGUUUGCUAACACAACAGCAAGCGUGGGCGAGGACAGUAACUAACUAUUAAGCAUACAUAUGAGCUCCGAGUCAAAGACGUGGGGUGAUAUGACACAAAAUACGGAAAUGGCUCACCUUACGGACUGAUUAUAAAUAAGCAGCAGCAGUGGACAACCAACGUGUAUUUGUGGCCAGCACCAGCAUGCUGAAUGGCUACCUGUUGUACGCGCAAUAACUGGAUGAACAGGUUGCAAGCCUGGCUAGGACGCACAGACGGAGGAAGGAGGCUACCUACCUGCAUCCUGAGUAUAGAGCCUCAGCUGCCUGCAUCUUGUUCAGUUGUACUGUGGGACCCAUAAACGUGAACGGACAAAGAGGGCAUUUCAUGGCAUCAGUACCAGCAAGUGUUGAGUGCAGAGAAGUCUGCAGAUCAUAUGGAAAACAAGCUGUACUGCAGCACCUGAAUCUAACGCUAAAGGAAGGGCAGGUCUAUGGGUUACUUGGUCCAAGUGGUUGUGGAAAAACAACACUUUUGAAGUGCAUUCUUGGAAAGCUGAAGAUAUCUCAUGGUUCCAUUAGAGUAUUAGAAAAACCACCAGCAUUUCCAGGUCAUGAAGUUCCAGGAAGAAUGGUUGGCUACAUGCCACAGGAUUUGGCAUUGUAUCAUGAGAUUUCUAUCAGUGAGACAUUUUAUUUCUUUGGGAGGAUACAUGGAAUGAGUACAUCUGAAAUCAAGCAACGCACAUCCUUCCUCAUCGCAUUUCUCAAUCUCCCAGAAAGUAGCAGAAUUGUGAAAAAACUAAGUGGUGGACAACAACGACGAGUAUCUCUUGGUGUUGCACUCCUUCAAGGGCCCCAGCUGCUGAUACUAGAUGAACCCACAGUUGGAGUGGACCCAGUACUUAGAGCCAGAAUUUGGCAACACUUAAUGAAUGUUGUGGAAGAUGGAAAGGUAUCUGUCAUCAUAACCACCCACUACAUAGAAGAAGCAAGACAAGCGCACAUGGUUGGACUUAUGAGAAAUGGUAAGCUUUUGGCAGAAGCACCGCCAGAUCUUCUUAUGACAGAAAUGCAAGUCCCAACACUGGAGAUGGUAUUUCUGAACUUAUGCAAAACAACAGAGGAGCCAGUUGUGAGGCUUGAAGUUGAUGGUAAAAUAACACGGACGAAGAAAACAUAUUCAAUUCAGGAUUCUGAUGAUGACCUUUUAAUUUUACAACAUGAAAAUUCUGACGGAGAAGAAGAACAGAAAGAUGAAAAAUGCCACGAACAUGAAUUGAAAGCUGACUGGAAAAUGUGGGGGAGAUAUCUCAUGCCUAAAUUCAGGAACAUUAUUGCUUUAAUGAUAAAGACCUUUAUGCGAAUGAAAAGAAUGCCUGGGUUUCUUUGCUUUCAGUUCUUGUUGCCAGUCAUACAGAUCGCACUAAUAUGCCUAUGUAUUGGAGGAGACCCUAAACAUCUACCUGUGGCCGUGGUAAACAAUGAAACUGGAAACUUCUCUCUCAGUCAUCGAUUCCUUCAGCAUUUGGACAACAAGAGCAUUCACCAGGUUCACCUAAACCAGGCAGCUGCUCUAACUGGUGCUCGGAAUGGUCUGUACUGGGCCAUAAUAGGAUUUGGAGUGAAUUAUACACAAAGCUUGUUUCUUAGGAUGGUGGAACAAAAGGUUGAUCCAAGCUUAGUGGAAAGUAGUUCUGUGCAUGUCUGGCUCGAUAUGACCAAUCAACAGAUUGCCUUUACAGUUGAACAAAAGUUGCAAGAAGCUUUUCAGGGUUUUGCAAAGGACAUGCUUGGAAAUAAAUCAUAUUUGGCAUCCCUCCCGGUAAAGUUUGAAGAGCCAAUUUAUGGCAGCAGGACACCUGACUUCACUGAUUUCAUUGCUCCUGGAGCUAUCCUAAGUAUUACCUUUUUCUGGGCUGUUGGAUUAACUGCACUGUCCUUUGUAACAGAAAAGAAGUGUGGACUUCUGGACCGAUGCUGGGUUACAGGUGUCAGCUCCCUGGAAAUUAUGUUGGCUCACCUAUUGUCUCACCUCUUCACAAUGGCAGUCCAGAUAAUUGCAAUGCUGCUCUUUGUGUUCCUUGUGUUUAAGGUUCCAAAUCAUGGAUCCCUAGUACUAAUCGUACUGCUUACAUUUCUGCAAGGUAUCACAGGUAUCUCCUUCGGCCUCGCUAUUUCAGCAGCAAUUGACGAUGAACAGUCAGCAAACCAAGCAGCAAUGGGGAUCUUCUACCCAAACCUUAUUCUAAGUGGAAUUGUCUGGCCCAUGGAAUGUAUACCAUAUCCACUGAGGUAUCUAAGCAUCAGUUUGCCACAAACGUAUGCAUCAGAAGCGCUUCGAAGCAUAUUUUCCAAAGGUUGGGGUAUCACCUCCCUUAUAGUCUGGAGAGGAUUUGUCAUUACUAUAGCUUGGAAUGCUUUCUUCCUCAUUCUAGCAACAGUCAUCCUGAAGAUAAGACAAUGAUCCCAGCCUUUUGAACACUGAAUGAAAUUGUCCUUUAUUCUCAUUAAAAAUGUAAAGAAUUCUGAUGGAACUGCAAUACAGACUACUCAAAGAAAAGUCAGGGGUCAAAAAUGCAGCUUCACAGACUGGACUGCUCUAGUCCUGAGAUAGACAAGCUAAAACUAAAAAUAUGCUGAUGGCUUAGUCAUAAGAUCCAAAACAUAAUUUACGAGAACAGGCUGCAAUUCAUUAAGGAAGACAUUUAAGUCAUGUUGAUUCCAAAUCUGAAGUUUCAGUAUUCCAAAGAAUAUACAAUGCUAAAUAAAAAAUCAACAUCUGUGUUAUAUAAAACAUUAUCGUAAAACCUGCUUAUUUUUCUGACAUUAAUUGAAGCAGUGUGAUCAUUUUCAACACGGUGCCUCAAUAUUGCUUUCAUAAGAGAAAAUGUUAUUCUGUUGUUAUAUGAGAUUUUUCCAGGCAGUAUGCUUAAGAUAUUUUCCAGAGUAAACACAGCAACAAGUAGGAGAAAGUGUGAGCAUUCUCGGUUGUACAGUAAACCAGCCGCAGGGGCCUAGGUCAAAGGUGAUCACCUGAAUGAGAUGUUGAAGAGUUAACAAGAUUCUAAAGAGUCAUAAAAGAUCUGGUCACCAAGCAAAAUUGCAUCACAAAGCCAAUUAAAAGAGAUCAGUAUCACAGAGGAGUAAGCAGUACUAUCCCGAAACAUCCACAGUGGAUAAGCACCCACAUACAAUUGUUAAGUUGAAGGGCUUUUGACUGUUCCCUUGGAUUAGAACCUUAAUCUUCC